AUGAGUGGAGCAGUUUAUGGAGGAGGUAUGUUCAAAAUUAUUCAAUUUUUUUCUUGUUUCAUAAUGAAAAAAGUGAUUUUUUGCAGAUGAGGUCAGCGGCCUGGUGUUCGAUGCCGGAUCUCAAACGUUUCGUGUCGGAUUCGCCGGAGAAGAAUACCCGAAGGUAAGAGCUUGAUCAAUUAACAAAGAACCUUGCUAUUUUAUCGAUUUUUUCAGGGAGACAUUCCGUCCUACAUCGCCAUUCAGGAGCCACUUCCAGAUGAGACUCUCGAGAAACAAGAAGCCAUGGAAGAGGUCAGUUAACAGACUGCUCGACUGAGGGAAUCAAUAUUUCUGUUCAGGGGGACAGUUCGAAUGUGAAGACGAAGCGAGAUAAGAACUAUUUCAUCGGAACCACCAAAAUUAUCGUUCCGCGUGCCAGAACCAAUUUGCAGAGUUUCAUGAAAGAGGGAUUGAGUGAGAAUAUUAUGAAAAAUGUUGUUCUAAAUUCGAUAUGUUUUCAGUUGAGGAUUGGGAUUUGUUUGAGAAAAUUGUGGAGCACUCCUACGAGAACAUUCUCUAUUCGAACCCUGCCGAGCACCCGGUUCUGUUCACCGAGAGCGCCUGGAACGACCGUGCCCGCCGCGAGAAGCUCACCGAGCUCAUGUUUGAAAAGUUCCAAGUGCCGGCCUAUUACCUCUCGAAGAAUGCGGUGCUCUCCUGCUUCGCACAGGGUCGAACUCACGGACUGAUGGUCGAUUCGGGAGCCACGCAAACUUCUGUGGUGCCCGUUUACGACGGAUACGCAGUCACGCACGCGGUCGUUAAGUGCGGAAUGGGCGGCGACAUCAUCACUGAGCAACUGGCGCACAUGCUCGAGCAGCAGAAGAUCGACCUCGUGCCGACGUACAAAAUCGCGUCGAAAGAGGAGGUCAACGAGGGGGAGGCGCCGAAAUGGACGCCGAAAAAGGGGCUUCCGGAGGUGACGGAGAGCUACGAUAAGUACAUGAAGAAGGCGAUUCUGGAGGACAUGUCGGCCACGAUGCUCCAGUUGUGCGACACGAACAUAGACAUGGACUACGUGGAGAAACUGCCGUCGACUCCGUACUCGUUCCCGAACGGAUACACGAAAGAGUUCGCGGCGGAGCGGAUCAAGCUGCCAGAGUGUCUGUUCGACCUCUCGUUCCUGCGCGCCGACGGAAAAAAGGACGGGCUCAUGACGAUCGCCCAGAUGGCCGCCACUUCCGCCAACCUCGCCGACAUCGACAUCCGACCGACGCUUUUCUCGAACGUCACCGUCACCGGCGGCAACUCGCUAAUCCUCGGAUUCACCGAACGUCUCAACUACGCGCUCGCCACUAAAUGCCCACCAGUAAGUGCCAAAAUCCAUUAGAACCCGUUCAAAUUAUGCUUUUCAGACAAUCAAACUGCGCGUGUUCGCGGCUCCAACACAGACGGAGCGCAAAUACGGCGCCUGGAUCGGAGGAUCGAUUCUCGGAUCACUGGGAACGUUCCAGCAAAUGUGGAUCAGCAAGGCCGAAUACGACGAGACCGGCAAGGUGAUCGUGGAGAAAAAAUGCCCGUAG